CGUGUGCUCCUGCCAACCACGUGGCAUCAAAUCAUUAUAGUGAAUGCUGCUGGGUUUACUAGGUAAUUAUGAGCCUCCUGGACUGCAUCUGCUGCAGGAGACAUGGCCACAGUGUUGCUGCAUGCUGGGACCCGUGUUCUGGAGAAUUGUUAUCCAUGGUUACCUAUUCUGAGCUGCAAGAAAAGGCUCUUCAACUAGCUACUAUUCUAAGGAACCACCAUUCAGCCUGUGGUAAUGUGGGACUGUAUGGGGAGUGUUGUCCAGAGGUGAUUGCUGCAUUGAUUGCUGUGAUGGCUAUACCGGGAGCUUACGUUCCACUCUCAAUUCAUCAGCCAUUGAAGCAACGAGUGGAGUUUCUACGCAAGAAUGGAAUUGAUAUUAUACUGGUACAAGAAUCUGUCCUAGAGACAUUCCUGAGUGAUGCCAUCACCCUCCUUCCCGACUGUACUCUCUCUCUUAGUUGCCACACUCUAGCAUACGGACUGGUUCUCGCCAGACUACACUGGACAGGCCCGGCCAGCACAACUACUGAGUCUGCCAACCACGGCCCGGCCAGCACAACUACUGAGUCUAUCAACCACGGCCUGGCCAGCACAACUACUGAGUCUGCCCCCACUACAAACACUCGCAAUGAACCUGCAUUUCUAACUAAAUACAGAGAAGAAGUGAACACUUACUGUUGGCCGUGUCAGAAAGAAGGCCGUGCUUCCAACCCAUGGCUGCUACCAAGUACCGCCCACUCAUCCUCACCAGCCUAUGGUACCGCCCACUCAUCCUCACCAGCCUAUAGUACUGCCCACGCAUCAUCACCAACAUAUGGUACCUCCCACUCGUCCUCACCAGCCUACAGUACCGCCCACGCAUCCUCACCAGCAUAUGGUAACGCCCACGCAUCAUCACCAGCAUAUGGUACCGCCUACGUCCUCUCAACUUCUGGUACAACUGGAGACCCAGUGAUUGUACAAGCACUUCAUUGCAGUAUAGUACCCAAUAUUGUGGAUCUGAGGGAGAGAUUCUCGUGUGGAGAGUAUGAUGUCGUCUUUAAUGCCGCUCCUUUGACCUUUGACCCAUCUGUUGUUGAGAUCUUUGUAUCGCUAUCUUCAGGGUCAUCUCUGCUCACAGUGCCAGAGAAUGUGAAGAGUAUCCCUUCACAGUUGGCAAAGGCUCUACGAUCUGUUACCGUGCUACAAGCCACACCCACUUUAAUUAGACGGUUUGGCAGAGAGGAGCUGAGACAUGGCUUGCUGGGACCUUAUUCUAAAUUAAAAGUCCUUGCAUUCGGAGGAGAAAGCUGUCCCGAUUACAACACACUGGCUACGUGGAAGGAUUGCAAGAAUGCCACCACAUUUUUCAACCUCUAUGGACUGACCGAGGUGUCUAGUUGGGCCACUUGUUAUCAAUUUCCAGAUGCUGCCGGAACCGUGUUACUAGGCAACCCACUGCUGGGGUCAAAGGUGGAGGUCCGGAAUGACGAGGGUCAACCAAUAGAGUGUGGAGAAGGUGUAAUUUGGACGGGUGGUGACUAUCGUGUGUGCUUAGUGGGUGAUGAGAGUGUGAUGUGUGAGGAUGGUGGGCGUAUGAGGUGUACGGGGGACGUGGGGAGGGUGCUCCCUGGAGGAGGUGUGGUCUAUGUCGGCCGACGAGACAGACAGGUGAAGAGGCGAGGCCACAGAGUCAACCUGGACUAUAUUCAACAUGGGAUUGAGUCACUGGACCACGUCACGUCGUGUGUGGUGACCACGACCUCCUCAGGCCAUGGACCCCGCCCACAAGAGCAAGGGAAAAUCCCCCACCCACAAUCUGUCUCAGAAGUUUUGGUAGCUUUCAUUGUGCCGGCUGAGAUAUUGAAAGUGAAUGUGAGCAAGUAUUGCGGUGAUGUGUUUGCUGCAUUGAGAGCCACUCUUCCUCGAUCCUGUGUUCCUGAUGAGAUUGUGCUGAUAAAGCAACUGCCUCUGACCCACCACGGUAAAGCUGACAUCACUUCUCUCACAAGCUACUCUAACCCAGCUAUCUACAUCGAGUCUCCAUCAGAGGGGGACCUCACGACAAACAAACCACUGAGCCAGGAACUACUGAGUAAUCUACUCUGUGAAUCAGCUCUGUGUACUACAGGUGUAUCUGCCUGGGGCAAUGAUGUCAGGCUAACAGAACUAGGAGCUAACUCCUUCGACAUUGUUCGAUUAUCCACUCACUUUCUGAAGAUUGUUCCGUCUCACGCUGCAACUGAAGACAUAGAAUCUGCACUGGUUGAAUUACUCCUGACUGCAACUCUAGACGAGGUGGCCACUCAGCUAUUCAAUAUGCUCCAAGAUGGAACAAAGAGAAAGCGUUUUAUUUCCGAUAAUGAGUUACCAACAGGGCGUAAGUCUGCUAGGGUCACGCACUCAGUACAAGGUCAAAGUUCUCAACAGGAGGUGUUGAGUUGGAGAGCAGGGAAAAUGUUCAGAAAUGGGCAGCUACUUCCUCACUUCAUUUCAGAUGACCACAGCAACCUCUCUUUUGACAAACGCUCUCUCCACUUCACUGUUCGUUGGAGUGUGAACACGGGUAAGUGUGUGGACUCCUCCCCCCUCCUCGUGGUGGGAGGCCUCAGCGGUGGGCCCACUAUCUUCAUCGGCUCUCACUCUGGACUGUUCCAGGCCAUCGAGCAUCUGUCGGGGGCUGUGAGGUGGAGACAGCAGCUGCCUGAUAGGAUCGAGUCCUCGGCUUGUGUGUCAGCAUGUGGAUGCUACGUGGCUGUCGGUUGCUAUGACGGUCGAUUGUACGUCUUCUCUGCUGACGAUGGGUCUCUGAACUGGACCUUUGCUACUCCCCACAGUGAAGGUACCCCCUGUGUGGACCCCACCUCAGGACAUGUCCCCCACACUGGGGGUAGGCCCCCACCAAUCAAGAGCUCCCCUUGUGUGGACCCCACCUCAGGACAUAUGUGGUUUGGAGCACAUGAUCACUACAUAUAUGCCAUUGACGUACAGACAAAAUCUCUCGUGCACAAAGUCUACCCUGGUGGGGGGUCUUGUUUUGCUACCCCCUGCGUUGAUCCUACAACUGGGCUUGUGUACUGUGCUACACUGCAAGGGAGGGUUGCUGCCAUCAACGCUGUAUCUGGACAGAUGGAGUGGACUUUUCAAUGCCCUAAACCAAUCUUCUCCUCACCGACUUGCAUCCCCUCAAGGAGAGAGGUGUUUGCAGGCUGUGUGGAUGGGAGUGUGUAUGUACUCAGGGAGGGGGGAAAGUUGAAUGCUGUACUGAGUACGGAUGAUGCUGUCUUCUCCAGUUGUUGUAUUCUAGAGUCUGAUUCCAAGCUCCGUGUAAUUUGUGGAUCACAUGACAAUCACAUGCACUGCUGGAACGGUAACUACGAGUACGAAUGGAAGACACAACUGGACUCCCCAGUGUACUCUACACCUUGUCCCCUUUCCCUAACCACCACUCGCCAAAAAUCAGAUAUUUUUCAAACAGUGUGUGUUUGCUCAAGUUCAGGGUGUAUGUAUAUUGUUAAUGUAUUCACAGGUACUAUUCUGGGAAAGUACUGUUUUCCGGGCCCAGUUUUUUCGUCCCCAAUUUGUUAUGAACAUUCUAUAGUAGUUGGUUGUCGGGACAAUUAUGUUUAUUGUGUAGCCGUUCAGAUUGUGUAAGUGAGAGGGAGUUUUGUAAUCUUUUAUCACAGUUUUACUUUCACACCA